UAUGAAAUAGAUGCCAAUACGAGUCGCUGUCGUCUGAUGGCAGCACAACAUUUUUUAUCUUUUACGGGACAAACAUUUCUAAAAUCGUACACACAAAUCUCUCCAUUUUCAUACAAAUACAGUUUUAUUAGUACAAGUUUUAAAAGUACAGAUUCAUGGAUAAAGAGCAAUAUCAUAAAUACAAUCUAAUAAAAAAAUGCAAUUUUCCUUGCAUUUUCAAGCGAUGAUUAACACGUUUCACUAAACACCAUAGAAAUUGUUACUACUGUUGUUGUGUCGUUGCUGUUGCAACUUACUAUUAUUAUUAUUAUUACUUCUUCCGAUCUCAUUAUUAGGGUCCAAGCAUCUGCAAGUCGAUAUGAAAAACGGUCUGCAAUGUUAAUAGAUAUUACCUUUGAGUAGUAAAAUCUAAUGCUGUCACCAAUUUGUUAUAUAGCUUGAACUGUAAAAGUGAUAAGAAUGUCUGCAUUUUCCUGUAAAUCAUUUGUCAUACAUUUCGGUAAAUCAUUAUCCAUUUAGUAAACAGUGUUUACCUUACGGUUUCAUCGCUUAUAGUUCGGACGAUACACGUUCUAUGAUCGGUACUCGUUGGGCGAUCAUCAUUUAUAUAGAGUAAUAAACACUUUUUCAUUUGAAUAAAAAAUCUAUUGCGUAUUUUCAGAUUGUUUGCAUUAGAGACGCAAACGAUCGAUUGUACGAUUUCUUGUUGGUAAACGCAUCAAUGAUCAAACGUGUGUAUUUUAUAAGAUUCGUUUGAAAUUAUCUUGUCAUGGCUACCAGAUUAUUUCGAAUUUUUACAAACGAUUUUUCUCCAACAUCCCCGAAAAUUCGUAUUGAACAAGUUCGACAUGGACAUCAUAUACGAGGAAAACCACCUACGAUUGCUCGCACGUUAAAACAGCGACUCGAAUCUCUUAAGAAAACAGACCCAUUGAUAUCACGCAAGGUGGACAUUGGUUUCGCUGUACCAAAAUUAUCGAAAAAACUCCAACAAAGUUGGAUGGCUGAACACAGGGUCAUAAGGGCAAAUCCUGAAAUGGAGAAACAGGCACGGUAUAAAUUACUAUCCGUCGAUUUAAAUCAAGUAAAGGAUAUAUGGACAAAAACAGUGAGACCUUUACAUUUACAUAAAAUUGCUGAACACUACGGAGUCUUCCAACAUUUAUUCGGAUACGCAUACUUCAAACCUGUUGUACCGUUAGAAGUAGAUUAUAGAAUCGAGGAUGAUACAUUUGUCAGAGUUUUUACAGGGAAUGUUAUAAAACCUAACGAGGCACGACAACACCCAAUUGUUAAUUAUGAAACAAAAACAGAUACUUUAUGGACUUUAAUAAUGAGUACUCCCGAUGGUAACUUGCAAAAUUCAAAUAACGAGUACUGUCAUUGGUUUCUGGGAAACAUUCCUGGAAACAAAGUGGAACACGGUGAACAAAUAGUGGAUUAUUUAAAACCAAUUCCAUCCAGAGGAAUUGGUUAUUACCGAUACAUAUUUGUGCUGUACAAGCAAAACCAACCUUUGGACUAUACAAAAUAUAAAAAAACUCAACCAUGUCUAGAUUUGAAAGAACGCGAUUGGAAUACUCUAGAAUUUUAUCGGGAACAUCAAGAGAAUCUUACACCCGCGGGGUUAGCGUUUUUUCAAAGCGAUUGGGAUCCUACGGUAACAGAAUUUUAUCAUUCGUCGUUAGACGCAGAGGAACCGAUAUUUCAGUACAACUUUCCAAAACCAUACGUGAGAUCACAGGAAUGGUUUCCAUUGAAACAGCCAUUUAAUCUUUAUUUGGAUUAUUACAGAGAUCCGAAAGAGACAAUGAAAUAUUUUCUAUUGAGAAAAUUGAAGAAUGUUCAUCCUUUCAGAGAACCAAAGCCACCUUUAAAGUAUCCCAAUGCUUGCCCUAUCGAUGAUAGCGUACCUUCAUGGUUGAAAACGCAAAUAAAAAGAGAACGUCUCGGAUUCGGACGAAUCAACGAUAUGAAAUAACAUAUUUGCUAAUAGGCCUAUGUAAAUAAACUGUGAGUGCAUACCAUAUAGAAA